UCUGCUGGCGGGAACCAGGCCCUAACCCAUCCGAACGAAGUGUGAACGCAUGGUUAUUUCAUUCACAUGAAUCGUUGCGUUGGUUUCGAACUCUUGAAGGUUGUUGUUCAUGUAAAAUAGACUCAUUUGUACGAUGUCUCAGAAAAAUCUUAUGUCUUUCUUCAAACCGGUGCAGAAAAAGCGUACGUCAACCGAAGCAAACCUGUUGAAUGCAUCUGGCGACGUUUCUGAGAACGACUCAAAGAGGAUGAAAGUGGAUGCAACAUCUGUUCAGAAGACUUCCUCUGACAUCGCCGAUUCCAUCAUUCAAGAGGAAACUCCAGCGCCAAGUGAUGUAAAGACUGCUUCUGAUGAUAAUCCUGAUGCAAAGAGUCAAAAUUCCGACUUGAAAGAAAACGAUCCUAACGCUUCAAAUGCAUUACUGUGUACGCCACCUAACAAAGUCAACCCAGAUAAGAAAGUAAUGUCUCCCUUUGGAAUGAUUACACCAUUGCAGUGCCUUGCCAAAAUUAAGAGUCAAGUUGCGAAGACACCUGCCCUUCAUCAUUCUAUCGGAUCGUCGUGGUUUUUUGCACUCCAUUCCGAGUUUCAGAAACCAUAUUUUUCUAAGCUAAGCGAGUUUGUAUCACGAGAACGUCAAAGAGGACCUGUGUUCCCACCUGCGGAUCAAGUUUGGACGUGGACUACCAAAGUCCCCAUCAAGGAGAUUAAAGUUGUAAUACUUGGCCAGGAUCCAUAUCAUAAUCCAGGACAAGCUCAUGGGUUAUGCUUUAGUGUACCAAAAGGAGUUACUCCUCCUCCCAGUCUUCUUAACAUGUACAAAGAACUGAGUACUGACAUUCCGGGCUUUGUUGCACCGAAGCAUGGGUAUUUGGAUGGAUGGGCUCAACAAGGUGUUCUUCUUCUGAACGCUUGCCUCACUGUCAGAGCAAAUUCACCAAAUUCGCACAAAGACCAGGGCUGGGAGCAACUAACUGACGCUGUGAUAAAGUAUAUAAGUGAAAAUGGACGUAAUGUUGUGUUCUUGUUGUGGGGCUCCUAUGCUCAGAAGAAAGGUUCUGUAGUUGAUAAGAAGAAGCAUCACAUUCUGAAAACUGUGCAUCCCUCGCCACUAUCUGCUCAUAGAGGAUUUCUAGGAUGCAAACACUUCUCUCUGUGCAAUGACUUCUUAAAAAAGUCAGGGAAGAAACCUAUUGACUGGUCAUAUUUACCUUGAUUUCUGGGUGACACAAUUAAUGUGAUUUGGGCUUUUUUAUUUAUUUUAGAAAACUACAUAAGUUUAAUUUUUUUUUAAAUGUGCAUGUUUACUUUUCAUGUGAAUAUUUAUUAAUGUGACUAAAGCCAAUUUACAUUUUUUGAAGAAAAAUCAAAAGAAGAAUGGGACCUUAGUUUGGCGCCUUUCAAAAAUUCUGAAAACUUAAAUUUGGGAGCUGGUUGGGAGCACGAAUUCAAAAUUUAGCGCGAGACCAGGCUGGCACUGAGGGAUAGUUUUCCCUUGGCUUGUAUCUUUUUUUUGGUGUUGAUGUGCAGUGUUCUUUCAUUGUCCUGCAAUUCUCUAGUUUUUAAUUCGUUAUAUUUGUCAACUGAGGGAAAUAAAAUGCCUGUCAGUGCUGUGUAAA